UCGCAGCUUUAGCCAGCCACACCACUACCACAGAGCAUUCUACCACUAGACCGACCGCACAGGUGAAGUGAGAGCUUUGCGCUAAGGGUUCAUCAGCAACCAUGAAGAGCACCAAGCUCGCGGCGAUCCUGAUCCUCCAGGCCGUCCUGGUCAUGGGGAUCCUCUCACACGUGAACGCCGACUUCUUCCCCAAGUGCUGCAACAACUGCAGGUCCUUCUCCGGGGUCGACGUCUGCGACGACGCCCACCCCCAGUGCCCCAAGGGCUGCUCGGCCUGCCGCGUGGUGACGCCCAGCCCUCACAAGACGUUCCGGUGCGCCGACAUGAAGAGCACCGUCGAUGGCACCUGCGGCGGGCCAUGCAAAAAGCACUGAUCCGUACAGGGCUUCAGUCUCAGACGAGGGGUGCCGCCUAAAAUAAAGCUCAGAUGAGAUGAGCAGUCAUGGCGCCUAUGCUUCUCUGUGGGUCGUGCUAUACGGCCAACAAUAUGUAUACUGCUAUCGUCGUGUCUUGUCAAUGUGUUUCCUCUCUCGAGAAAGGUGGUGGUGCUUGUACUUGUGUUCACCUAUCCUCCGUGAAUAAACACAUGUGAUGAUUGUAUGUGCCUA